AUGGUUAGGAUAAUUCGAGAUGCUGAAACUGGCAACAGCAAGGGCAUUGGCUUUGUCGUAUUUAAGGAUCCGUAUUCUGUACCUUUCGCUCUGAAACUCGAUGGUGAUGUAGUAGAGGAGAGAAAUAUCAGGGUAUCGCGAGUUUUCAAGAAGAAAGCGAUGCGUCAGAUGGCCACUCGCGAAAAUGAGCAGAAACAAAGUUAUCCUAGCGCGAAGAAAACGAAGCCUAAAAAGCACUAUGCCGAUAGUUUAAACGUCACAUGUUAUUUUAAGAUGUCUGUUGUUCUGAUCACAGGAUACCCAUCCAGUGGAAAGUCAAUGGUCGCCAGUAUGUUUAAGGAGUAUCUUGUAAACCUUCCAGAUGCAAUAGAAACACUCAUUGUCAGCGAUGAAGCAGCUCAGUCUUUCAACAGAGAAAUAUAUCUCGACGCGAAGAAAGAAAUCCAGCAGAGGUCGUUUUUAAAGUCUGAGGUUCAUCGGCUUUUGGGUCCUAAUCGUGUUGUUAUUUUUGACUCACUUAACUAUAUAAAGGGAUAUCGCUAUGAAAUAUACUGUUUGGCAAAAGCUGCAGAAUGCACAUAUGGUGUAUUGUUCCUCGAUGCUACUAUUGACAAUUGUCUGCUCUGGAACGACGCCAGAAAAUUGCCCGAUCGGUACAGUGAAGACAUUCUGAAAUCAUUGCAUUCACGAUUUGAAGUUCCUGUUUCAAGUAACCGAUGGGAAAAUCCAUUGUUUACUUACAGGUCUGAUGAGAUGCAACUACAUUUUCCAGAAAUCGUUUCAUGUGUGAUGCAAGGCCGUCCAUUGAAGCCUAAUCUAUCCACUCGAAUUCUGCCGAUCACGGGUCCUGAUUUUUUAUACAGUGUCGACCAAAAACUGCAGGAAGUAGUUCGCUACAUUUUGGCGGAGCAAAGGCUUGCUGAAAUUGGAGAUGCAGUAUGCAUCAAGGAUUGCGAAGAAAAACUUUUCAUUAAGAAAAUUUGGUCUGCUUUGGAAUUAGCUAAUUUUAAGCGGCAAUUUAUUAAUUACGUUAAAACUCAUCCAGUACUUGAUGAGAAAAAACUUAUGAACAUGUUUAUUGUCUUCAUUAACAAUGCAUGA